AUGGCAGUCGACGCACGCGGCCUACUCGAGGAUGGCCUCCUGACCGCGCCUCAGAUCAAGGCGCGCGCGCUGCACAUCACCUUGCUCCUCGCCGCGGCCAACGCCAUCGCCAUCACUCUCCUGCUCGUCGUCGGCCAGUCGUACCCUCCCCUCGUGCCGGCCGGAGUGCUAGCCCUCUCCUUUGGCCUGCGGCAUGCCGUGGACGCGGAUCACAUUGCAGCCAUCGACAACGUCACCAGGCGGCUGAUCGCCGACGGCCGCCAGCCGCUCCUGACCGGGCUCUGGUUCUCGCUCGGCCACUCCUCAGAGCACUUCAAGGCUGCAAAGGGCGUGGGGGAACUAGUCAGCCAGAUCGUGAGCGCCGUCGUACUCUUCGCCAUUGGCACGGCCAACCUCAUCAGCCUGAGCGGCUCGUGCGCCCAAACACGAAGCGGCGAGGGCGCGGGCGAGCACUCGCACGGCGGCCUCUUUGUCCGGUGUUGUGGCGGGCUGCUAAAGACCAUCGACAGCGAGUGGAAGAUGCUGCUGCUUGGCUUCCUCUUUGGCCUCGGCUUUGAGACCAGCAGCGAGAUCGCACUCCUUGCGCUCGCAGGCAUGAGCCCGUCCCAGGGCAUCCCGCCCGCCGCCACGCUCCUCCUCCCGCUCCUCUUCGCCACGGGCAUGUCGCUAGUGGACACGCUCGACGGGCUCCUCAUGUCUUGGGCGUACGGCUUUGCCGCCAAGGGCGGGUCUGGGUCCGGCAUCAGCGCUGGCCGCCGCCGGCUCUUCAACCUGUACCUCACCGCCACCUCUUCUCUCAUCGCGCUCGUUGUCGGUGCCCUGGAGGUGCUCGGCUGCGUCCAAAAGGCGAGGCACCUCGAGGGACCGUUCUGGUUGGCGGUGAAGGACAUCAACGACAAGUUCGAGUACGUCGGCUACGCCAUCAUCGCCUUUUUCGCCGUGUCGACCCUCGCCGCGCUCACCCUCUUCACGUGCCCGGUGGCUUGCGGCCACCUCUCAGAGAAGGGCGCCAGCGGCUCCGGCUGUCAGGGCGACUACGUACGGGCCGAGGGCGCGUGA